AUGGGUUCAAAAAAAUCAAAACAACAAAUUUAUUCUGUACAUGAUGAAAUUAAAAAUUCAAUGUGUUUUGAAGAUUUAAGUAAUGAACUUAUUUAUGAAUUAUUUGAUUAUCUUUCAUUUCAUGAUAUCAUUUUCACUUUUGGUAAAUUAAAUAAACGUUUUCAAAAUCUUAUAGAUACUUAUUCACAUUAUGUAAACCUUCAACAACAUACUGAAGACAAUAUUUUACCAUUACCUCAACAUAUUCAUUCACUUAAAAUAAGUACUCGUUAUCAACUUCGAUUUAUUGAUUUAUCAAAUAUUUUUUUACUUCAUUGUUUAAUUAUUUCAAACGUAUCAAUAUUUGAUUUACUUCAUAUAUUUAAUACUCUUUCAUUAAAAGAACUUGAAUAUAUAUAUUUAGGUGUAUGUACUGAUUAUCAUAGAGAAGAACAUGAACAACUUGCAAAAGUUCAACAAACAAUUCUCUUAUUAGGUCAAUCAAAAUUAAAAAAAUGUGUAUUUCGAAUGAAACUUUUUGCAAAUAUUGAUCAAUUACCAAUGAAUUUAUUUUCAUUAGAAUAUUUACGAAUAGAUGGAUGUGAAGAUGUACUCAUUGUUAAUAAUCUAUUGGAUCGUAUGCCAAAUUUAAAAUCACUUCAUGUGUCUAUUCUUCAAUCAUUUAAAACUAAUGAUAAUAAAAAUCAAUAUAUGAAACAGAAUCAUAAAAAUACUUCACUUAUUAAUUUAAAUAUUCGUCUUCAUGAUCUUAAUUUACUAGAAGAGCUUAUUCCAUUAUUUAUUCAAUAUUGUUCGAAUUUAAAUAAGUUUAUUCUUCAUCUAAAUCCUAUCCCAGAACAUGCUGCUGACCGUGAAAUAUCUAAUAUGCAUUUGAUUAAUCUGCAUCAAUCAAUAACGACUGUUAUUGAUGAAUUAUUACCUCAACUUACAAAUUUUCAUCUUCAUCAACGUAUUCUUUCACAAAGCAUAGACUUUUUAAAUCGACCAUAUUUUGUUUCACCUUAUGUAAAAGAAAUUCCAUGUUCAUCAAAACAUAGAUCGUAUCGAAUGUUUAUUGCUCCACACUUAGUAACUCUAUUGAAAAAUACAGCUUGA